AUUUUUGACUGAAGAUUUGCUUUCAUUCCCUAUUUGUUUCUACAGAACUUAUUCACCAAAUGGAUGAGCUGAAUGACGAACUGCUUAAGAAGAUCACAAACAAUAAAAUUCAGCCUCCCCACAGGAAUUUCAAAGUGGAAAAGCCUCAGCAAGUUUUUGUGCCCCUCACCUUUGAAUCCAGCACUGAAGAAGUCAAAGCCUGGCUGGAGGCCAAGUCAUUCAGCAAAGAGACCGUGGAACACCUGGGCAUCCUCACCGGAGCUCAGCUCUUCUCCCUCAACAGAGAGGAGCUGAAGAAGGUGUGUGGUGAUGAGGGAAACAGAGUGUACAGCAAGAUCACGGUGGAGAAGAACCAGCUGGAGAAAAGCAGAGGGGAGUCAGAGCUCCAAGAAAUCAUGAAGCGCCGCCAGGAAAGGAUUGAUUCUGCUAAUUAAAGUCUCUCUGCUUUAUUUCAGCUCUUAGCCCUAAGUAGUGCAGGAAAAAAGGGAAUGAAAGCAAUGAUUCCCGGCCAGGCCGGAGGCAGCAGAGCUCCCCUUGGGGUCCAGCUGCCACCAGAGUGACAAUUCCUUGAACACUGUUGGGAAGGGUUGACAAUAAGACCAUAUCCCACUGGGAAAGGUGUUUUAAUUUUGCAUGAAGUAUUUUUUUUAUAACUAUAUAUUUUAUACCGAAAUUUUCCGUGCAUGCGAUCAGAGCAGGAUUCACAGGGGCUGGAGGUACAACAAGGGCUGGAUUCAAACAAGGACCCCCAGAGCUUUUCUCCAAGGGCUGUCCCUGCUCCCACCCCUCGCUGGCAGAGCAGGCCUGGACACAGCUGAGGAGAGCCCAGCCUCAAGGCCUGGAGCCUGCACCACGGGAAUAAGGCUUGGAGCCCUGCACUGCUUUGGGUUUGAGGAAAGGACAUUAAAGCUCAUCCUGCUCCAGCCCCCAUCAUGGGCAGGGACGCCUUUCCCAAGCCCGAGUUGCUCAAAUCCUGUCCAGCCUGGCCUUGGACACUUCCAGGGAUGGGGAGUAACGACCCCUCUGGGCAACCUAAGGCAGCCCCAUUUCCAUUUCCUCCUCAGUGCAGUGUCCCCUGCAGCCCAUGAGCACAGGCUGCUGACAACUCCCUGUCCCCCUCCUGUCCCUCGUGCCCCCUCACUGGACAAGGCUGGAAUGGCAACACACAUUCCCAAAGUCUGGCUGCUUCCUUAAAUCCACGGACCAGUUAGUGCUGGCUCUGAGCGGCUGAAAUGAGCUCUCAGUGCCUAGAAAGGAGCAGGAGUGACAGACAAAGGGAUCUGAAUGUGGACACAGGUGAGUUCCACCUGCCCACUGCUGCUGAUGCACAGCCUGGGCUCAGGGCAGCUGUGCAGCCCUUCCCUGGGCCACUGAUCCUGCACUGGAAUGUUGUGGUGUUGCCAAACCCGGCCUCAGCCAGGAGAAGAUAAGCCCUGACCAUUUGCUCCCGUCCCAGGCACGCCCACAGCCCUUCCCAGGGUUGGUCACUCGUCCCCACCUUCACGUUUUCCCUGUAAAAAGUCAGCUGAAAUGAUUCCCAAAUAGCUGAAACCCCAAAGCACACUGGGAAAGGCAGCUUUAACUCCAAAUACAUGGGCACAAGGAAAAAAAAAUCUAAUUUAGCACAGGAUGUUGCUCUUGACUUCCUGUUUUCCUUCAUAAAGUUAUGUGCAUUUAUACAUAACAAUCUGUAAGUAGGGGGUGAGGAGAACUUCUCUCCCUAGAGGCAGAAUUAGUGAUUAUGCUUCCAAAAUUUACUCACAAUUUCACAGCUGAAGCAAGCAGCGUAGUUCCAGUCCACAGCAAGUUUGGCACAUUGCAUUUCUGUCUCUGUUUAGCUGACAGACCAACCUGACUGCAAAGCAGUGAAGCAAACACAGCUCCAGAGCUGCCCGCAGCCCAGGCACAGCUGGGUUUUCUCUCUCAGCACGAGCUGAGUCUUUGCCCAAAUUUGUGUCUCUGUUGCACAUUUAAUGGAAAAAGCUUUAACACAGCUGGGGAACUCGUGUCUUCAUCUGAGAGCACCAGUGCUCCUCAGUUCUGCCUUUAUUCCCAAGUGUCUCCGACGGAUAAUCUGCUUUCUUCAUUUAAAGAGGACACUGCUGGCACCAGCAGAAUGAGGGUGCAGGCAAGGGGGGAUCCUGGGUUUAGUCACAGCCCUGCUGGGAUCUGAGAAGGGCACUCACCUUGUCAGGGAGGGAUGAAGAGGACAAUCCUCCUGAGAAGCCCUGGCGCUGGAUUAGGGUGGAGAAGGGAAGCAGGAUGGCAAGCACAGGAGGUGAAAAAGUUUCUAAAAUGAAAAUAAAAACAAAUGUUGAGCUAGGAAACACACCACCUUCUAGUCCUGGGGUGUAGAGGAAGCAAAUCACAGGGAAUUACAGUUAUCUGGGAUUUUAACAGGAGUGUACACGACAGCUCUGUAAAGCUGGGAGCCGCAGGAGCACUUCCCAAAACAAAAUCUCAGCAGACCUUAUUGCAGAGGUCACUUUUACAAAUUUCCAUGUGACUGAGCUGUGCAUCUGUUCUGUUUGUACUGCCUGCAGACACUGCUAUAAAGUACUGUACAUUGAUGUAACUGAGCGAAGGAGACAAUGACAUAACCAUGCACUGUACCAGAGUUAUUAAAAUAGUUAAGUUAUACUUAUAAAUCCA